AUGGACUACUACGAGAUUCUAGAGGUCGAGACCUCGGCAACAACGGCAGAGAUCAAAAAGUCAUAUAGAAAGUUGGCAUUAAGGUAUCAUCCGGAUAAAGUAAACGAAGAAGGACGAGAUGAGGCAGAGGCAAAAUUCAAAGAAUUGACCAAUGCCUAUGAAGUGCUUAUUGACGAGACAAAGAGACACAAUUAUGAUUUGUAUGGUAAUGCUGAAGGUCCCAAUGGUGAUAAUGGUGGUGGAUAUGGUGGAUACGACGAUUUUUAUGGAGGUGGAGGGGCCAAUGGGUUUGGACCGGAAGAUUUCUAUCGAUUCUUUAAUGGAAUGGGUGGUGAUGAGUAUGGGUAUGCUUCCUCCUCCCCACCUAAGCCUGCUGUUCCUCGUACCGACGAUGCCACAAUAGAAGUCGACGUGACGCUAGAAGAUUUGUUCAAGGGUAAGGUGAUCAAAACCACUAUCACUAGAGAUAUAUUGUGUACGCUCUGUGAUGGGGUGGGAUACAAGAAGAAUGCCAUAAAUAAACAAUGUCCAGAUUGUGACGGGAAGGGAGUGGAAAUUAAGAUAAAGCGAUACGGACCCGGAAUCAUAAGACAAGAAUCAGUUAAUUGUACCAAAUGUGAAGGUAGAGGUAAAAUCUAUCGAUCUAAAGAUAAAUGUAAGAAAUGCUUAGGGUCCAGAGUUCAAGAAGAAACCAAAAUAUAUGAAUUUGAAAUCAAAAAGGGAGCUCAUUCUGGGGAAUCCAUAGUUCUUGAGGGUGCAAGUGAUCAAGCUCCAGGGAAACAAUCUGGUGAUAUAAGACUUACUUAUAAUUGUAAGCCACAUGAUAGUUUCCAAAGGAAAGGUGAUGACUUGUAUAUGAAAUACAAGAUUACAUUAGUGGAACUGUUGAGUGGAUUUUCCAAAAUCGUGGCUAAGCAUUUGGAUGGUAGAGCUUUAAAGAUUACCACCCCAAAGGGCAAAGUCUUAAGACCGGGUGAUUUUAUUAAACUUAAAAAUGAAGGUAUGCCAUCAAAGAAGAAAUCAGCCUCUUGGUUUUCUUCUUCAUCUUCUCAGAAAAGAGGUGAUUUAUAUAUUGAGUUGGAGAUAGAAUUCCCUCAGGAUAAUUGGUAUCUUGAAAAGAAUGAUUUGGUAUCUUUGCUGAAUAUCUUACCCACAAAGUUGCAGAAUAAACUGGAUAUUGAAAAGCAGGAAAUCCCUAGUGAUUGCUUGGAGGAUGCCAAUGUUGAAGAUAUUUCAGAUAUAAUUAUCACCAACAAACAGCUGUUACCUCAGGAGAAAGAACAUCAUGAAAAUGGCCAUGGCCAUGGUCAUAGAGGGCAAGGCUCCAAUGGUCAACCUGAAUGUCCUCAGCAAUGA